AUGGGCUCCUUUCCUAUUUUGCCAGAAGAAGAGAGUGAAAUUAAAGAGGCCGCUGAAGCAGUCGAUGUGCCACUUGAGGAAGUCACAGAACAUGUCGAAGAUGUCGACUGCAUCGAAGAAGUGGAGAAAAACGACAUUUUGAAUGGCCAAGAACCAGAAGACGGCCAAGAUGAAACUGGUUGUGCCGAAAAUGAAGUUGUGGACGUGAAUAUGGCCUUAACAGACAAUGGUGAUGUGAGUGGAGAGUGUGACGUGAGAGAAGAGGAGGCGAUCGUGGAAGUGGUCGUAGAAGAAAGCGAAACUUCUGCCUUCCAUGCGGUGGAUAACGAGAGCGUCGAUUUCGUACCAGAAGAAGAGGGCGAAAUUGAAGAGGACGCUGAAGCAGUCGAUGUGCCACUUGAGGAAGUCACAGAACAUGUCGAAGAUGUCGACAGCGUCGAAGAAGUGGAGGAAAACGGCAUUUUGAGUGGGCAAGAACCAGAAGACGGCCAAGAAGGGACUGGUUGUGCUGAAAAUGGAGUUGUGGAGGUGAAUGUGGCCUCACACGAGGAAUCGAAUGAAUUGGUGGUGAACAGCGAACCACUUUCCAAUGCAAUUGAAGAGGCCAUUGAAGAAGUGGAAAACGAUGUCCACUGUGCUGAAACGUUGUGUUCGGUGCCAGAAGAAGAGGGCGAAAUUAAAGAGGACGCUGAAGCAGUCGAUGUGCCACUUGAGGAAGUCACAGAACAUGUCGAAGAUGUCGACAGCGUCGAAGAAGUGGAGGAAAACGGCAUUUUGAGUGCCCAAGACCCCGAAGACGCCCAAAAAUCAGAUGACGGCAAGGAAGAGAUUGGUUGUGCCGAAACUGAAGUUGUGGAUGUUAAUGUGGCCUUCACAGUGAACGGUCAUGCAGACGACGUGUGUGAGGUGGGUGAAGAGAAGGUGAUCGCCGAGGUUCGAGAAGAAAAAUGCGUCGCUUUGACCUCUCAUGCGCUUGAAAAGGAUUUCGUUUUGGAACUCUUUGAGCCAACCGAAAAGUCCUCCAACGGUGUCAAGAGUGCCCCGACGUACACAACAAAGGCUUACCUUGCACUUUCAGACAAAGUAAUGACUGCAAAUCGCAUUGAAGUGACAAGUCAAACAAAUGCCACAGCCACGGCAAAAGCUGUUAACACCUCCGUAAACGGUGGAGCAUCUGCAGGUGGAAUUCGAAACCAGAGAGUUAGAAAUUACGCACCCAGAGUUUAUAAUCAAUCAACGAGAGGACCAACUAGCUUUCAAGUUCCCACACAAAAGUUUGUGGAUAAUAAACGCCAAAAAGACAAUUUAAAUAUGGGGAAAGAGCACCACGAGGUCCCAAAAGACAACGUUCAAAGGAACGCAAAGAACACCCCCUCUGUCUCCUCGAAUGCAGCAUUAAAGAGCACACUUUCAAGCACUGAAAAGGGGCCAGUAGUUAAGACCGCAGCAAAAGCUACAGGACAAGGCGGAAAACGAUUCGAAAAGUCUCUCAAAGAAGACGGAAUUGCAGAUACCGUCAAAUCCACCUCUCACCAGCGUCGUGAAGAUGCCAAGCAGCUUCCAAAUCGCUUUCAGGAAAAAGCAACGUCUGUAAAAUCUGCGAAUGCUCCAUCACAAGGAAUAUCAAAGAAAGAGGCUCAAAAUAAGAACUCCACCAAUGAGAAAGUGAAACAAAACGAAACGAGAGAUGUAAAGAAGGCCUCAAAAUCUGCAUCGAAGCCUGUUGAUGGGGAUGCAGCGGCAGCAACAGCAAGAGUCCAGCCGAAUAAACACAACACCGAAGAACAAUCCUCAACACCUGCUGCCAAUGUAGAUGAAACAAAAUUCACCAAAAAAACGAAAAGAACGUGGAAACGUCGACAACAACGCAAAAGAGCGCGAAUGAACAGGUUUGCGAGCAAGAGUGAGACAGAAAAAGAAGAAGAAACUGAGGUGAUGGAGGAGGAGGAGGAAGCUGCGGAUGUCGUUGAUACUCAAGUGAACAAGACGGAGGACUCUGCCCCGAGCAAAGAAGACACCAAAGUCGUUACGAAACCGAGCAAGGCGAAGAUACGCCGCGAACGACGCUUACGAGCACGGUUGAGGAGAAAGGAGGAGGCAGCUGCUGCCAAGGCUUCCAAGGCCCUCAAGAAAAAGGGGAAGACUUCUAAAUGUAUUCCUGCAGAUACCUCGACUUCGAAAGUUGAUCACGCUGACGCGACUCCCUCUGAAGGGAAACCGAAAUCGACUGCAGCCAAUGCGUCCAGUAAAGGGCCUGAAAUAAGUCAAGUCCAGAAACGAAAUCCUGCAGCUCAAAAUGUCAAACCAGAUAAAAAAGGAAAUCCAACAGAAACCCACAAUUCGUCCCUCCAGACACCCGGUAAAUCCGCGUCAGGACCUAAAGCUGAUACAACAGCCUCAAAAAUCGGCCCUACAAAGCAACCCGCAGCAGUCCAACCUUCGAAGGUUGAUGGUAAGGAGCAGUCAACAUCAUCCACCUCCGCUGUCCCUUGGAUUGUUCGAGAAAGGCAACGUAGAAAGGAUCUCAGAAGGAAGAGGAAUUCGAAGAAAUAUAAAAGUGUCAACGCGUGGUUGGCAAAUGGAUGGAUUCAGCUGGGUAUCCUUGUCGCCGCCAUCUCUCUCGGGGCCUUUUUUGUCCUCUUUUACUGUUAUUAA